AAGUUGCCCUCUCUCUUUUAGACGUAUGGUCUCUUCCUCUACUUUUCUUCCCUUGCCACUCUUUCCAGCCCUCUCUUGCACACCCAAGACAAAAUCAUUAAGCUUUUCCCUACCGACCAUCAGAGAGAUCCAUGGAAAGAUAAAAGUGGAACAAAGAACAAGAGAAAAAGUGAUGGAGAGAAGAGGUCUCUCCCACUCCUAGAUACUCUUGAACCUCUUCUUUAGCACCCUAACCAUUCUAUUCCACUCUACCCUUCUCUCUCUCUCUCUCUCUCUCUCUCUCUCUUCUUCCUUAUCUGCCAUGGAUUCAAGUCACAGCGGGAGCAUCCAGUCCUCGAGCAGCGGCGACAACGAAGAGUACGAAUCUCGCGGUGAGUCCAUCUCCUCCUUCUUAAACCUGCCACCGCCAGCGCCAACAACAGCUGCUACUGCUCUCCAACGCCACCACCCUUCUUCCUCUUCCUCCUCCCUCUUUGAUCCUUUGUCCGCUUACCUCGCCUCCUUCCCCUUCCCGACCCCGGAGUCCAACUCCCUCAACCUCGACUCCACAUGGCCCAAGGGAAUCCCAUCAUCUUCUCUAUUAUCGUACCCCACUUCCACAACCCCCGGCCCCAUGAUGGUCGCUCGGCCCUCAGCAUCAGCGUCGACGAGACCCUCGUCGGUGCAACCGCAGGUGCAAGCUGAUCGCCCCGCUGUCGCCUCGAGAGGCUCCAAGAAGCGGUCGAGGGCGUCGAGGCGAGCUCCGACCACCGUCCUCGCCACCGACACUUCCAAUUUCCGCGACAUGGUGCAACAGUUCACCGGCUUUCCGACGCCGCCCUUCACUUCCUCUCCAUUCCCCCGCCCCCGCCUCGACCUUUUCAGCAUGGCCGCUGCCGCCGUCCCGCCUUACCUGCUCAGGCCCUUUCCCCAGAAGACGCAGACAGCGGCCUUCCCUCCCAUGGCUUCCUCCUCCUCCGCACUCGAAGCUAUUGCUUCUUUCGCUAGAGGUACUCUUUCCAAUAUAAACCUACCUAUAACCACCACCGCAACAAGUUCUUCGAGUAGCUCGACUUCAAGUUCCGCCGGGAAGUGCCAAUUAUCGAUCGUUGAUGCUCGACCUUCAAAACCUGUGCUCGACAUGCAAAGCGCAAAUCUCGUCUCCCAACCCCUCCUCCAAUCCCAAGCUGCUCCCAAGAUCAAUUCACACGCCUUGCCCGCCUUCGGAGCUGCGCCGCACGGGACUCCAGACUACACCAUGGGUGGCCUCGGGUGCCUCAUCGCGACGGAAGGCACGAAGUCAACCGACAGAGUCGAUGCCCUAUCCGGCUGGGUCGGUGAGUCAGCACAAGAGAAUGCAGAACAAGCCGGACUAAAGGCAGUCAUCAGGAACUACAGAAAUCAGGACUAGCCGAAGCCAUGUAACGUCGAGCAGAGAAUACAGUGGUGGAUCCACGAAUCCUUUCUUCGGAUUGGAAGUCGGGGCAGCAAGUGGUGUGCGUGUGGGCGGAGGAGGAAGUUGAUCUUUGCUGCUGCUCAUCGGUUGACCGUCGUCACCAGCGGUAACCAUAGAUAUGACGACUCUCUCUUGUUCAUGUGUACAUGGAUUCGCUUGCAUCCUUGCUUUGAUCACUGUGCAUCUAAAAGGACUGGUUUUGACAGCCUUGUUUGGUUUCCUCGAGUCUUUAUCAAGCUAAGCUUAUCCUCAAGUUCUUCUGGGUUUCCUGGCCCUCUUUCCAUCGACUCCAGAAGCUGAUCUUGAAGUCAAAUAAAUAAGCAAUUUCCUGAGGGUUGAUUUUUCA